GAUAGACUCCUGUGGGAGUGAAGAGCUAAGACAGACAAAGCAGUAGCUGUGGAGUUCUGGCUCCAUGUCCUGUCCACUGAGAAAGAAAGCUCUGCCUCUCACCAUGCUGCUGCUUCUGCUGAGUUUUCAUGUUCUCAUCACUCCUGUCUCGAAGGCCAAUAAAGAAACAAACAGAUCUGUUCAUUUCAUUCCCACAGUGGAAUUUGCCGUGAACACAUUCAACCAGGAAAGUCAGGAUGAAUAUGCCUACAGGAUGGAACAUAUCAUGAGUUCCUGGAGGGAGAAGGUAAAUUUUCCAACCGUGUAUUCCAUGAGGCUUCAGCUGCGUAGAACCAUAUGCAAGAAAUUUGAGGAGAGUCUCGAUAUUUGCCCCUUUCAGGAGAGCCAUGGUCUGAAUAAUACCUUCACCUGCCUGUUUACUGUCGGUACCUAUCCCUGGAUAACAAAAUUCAAGCUCUUCAGGAGUGUGUGCUCAUAGUUUCUCUGAUGGGAGUCACCCAUGGACUGGUCACGUACUUCUCUGCAUCCGUGAAGGGGUUACCCUUGGCAGAACCUCUGUGCUCAUUUUCCUUGUUUUGCAGCAUUGUGCAGUAUCAAGACUGGAUAUGUGGAUAAUAAUGAGGGGAAAGUGUACAUUGCUGUUGUUUCAUCAUGUAGAAUAGCUCAUUAAAUAUUGCAUUUCUGAA